AUCUCGCGAGCUUCCGGGGCCGCCCGCGCCGGCGCCCAGCAUGGCGGAUUCGUCGCUGAUGCAGAAGAGGGGUCCCUUUCGUUCCACGUGGGCGCGAGCCCGCAAGACCCGGCCCCAGCUCAUCCUCAGCCGUCGGCCCCGCCGCCGGCUCCGGCUCCGGCUCCUGCGCUGGUGCGGCCGGAGGCGCCUGCGGCGGCGGCUGCUGCAGGCCCAGGAGACCGGCGCGGACUGGCGGGCCGGCACCUGCCUGGUGUCGCGCGCGGCGGCGGCCCGGAGGCCCAAGACUGCAGCCCCCAGCCGGGCCCCUAGCCCGGCUCUCAGCGGGGCUUCGGACGAGGAACCCGCCCCGAGUGCCCCCGCGCCGCUCCCAAUCCCCCCUCUGCGGCCCGCCGGUCCUGGCCGCGCGUUGCUGCUGCUGCCGCGGGAUCAGGGUUUUACCUUUAGUGGCAUCUGUCGUGUGACUUGCCUUUAUGGCCAGGUGCAGGUGUUGGGUUUUACCAUUGGCCAAGGCCAGCCUUCCCAAGAUGUCUUCUCCACCUACACCCACUCUCGCCUCGCUAUCAAUGCGGCUCACUACUCGAUGCCGGAGAAAAGCAAGAAGGAGAUGAAAAGGGAAGCCCGAACCUUGCUCAGAGCGCAUCUUAAGCGGGAUGACAGAUGUUGGCUGAUGAAGAAUUUCUCCCCUCUGUGCUCCAUUGUGAUGUUAGAAAGGCUGAAAACCUCCACCGUGAACUUCAUAACCAGCCAUCCAGGGCUCUCUUACGUUUUCCUGCAAGAGAGUCCCACCUUCCAGAUUAACACCGAGUACUUCGCCCUGAGGUCUGUUGGCAUUAGAAGGGAGAAGAAGAAAGCCGGCCUUCGUUUAACCGAGAGUGUCCUUGCAGCCCUGGAAGAGUUAGUUAACGUCUCUUGUGAGGAAGUAGAUGGCUGCCCCGUGAUUCUGGUGUGUGGAUCGCAGGACGUUGGAAAGUCGACAUUUAAUAGAUACCUGAUUAACCAGUUGUUAAAUAGUAUCCCCUGCGUGGACUAUUUGGAAUGUGACCUGGGACAGACAGAAUUUACUCCGCCGGGGUGCAUUUCUUUACUUAACAUUACAGAACCGGUUCUAGGCCCGCCCUUCACCCACCAGAGGAGGCCUCAGAAGAUGGUGUACUUCGGGAGGGCUGCGUGUAAGAACAGCUGUGAGCAUUACAUAGAGGCGAUUAAGUACGUGUUCAGCUCCUGCAAGCGAGAGUCCCCUCUUAUCAUCAACACCAUGGGCUGGGUGACAGAUCAAGGGCUCUCGCUGCUCGUGGACCUGAUCCGACUGCUGUCCCCCAGCCACGUCGUCCAGUUCAGCUCCGUCCGGUGCAAGCCCAUGCCCAGCCUCACCCCUGACUACGUGGACGGCGUGGACGGCUUGUACACAAGGAGCAAGUCCAAAUGCAGAAACAGAGGGUUCUUCCUGGCCGAGUUUGCAGAGAGUUUGGAGUUUGGUGACGAAGAAAAGGAGAGUCCGGUUGUCUUUCCUGGACACAAGCUGAUAUGUGUCCAGUCGGACUUCGUGUUCAGAAAAACUCCAAGAAACAGAGAGUCGCAUAACCGAGUUCUUCGGGACUUGGCGGUGUUAGGUUACCUCGGCCAGCUGCAGAAGCCAGUGCCGAGGCCGCUUCAUCCCCUCCAUGGCCUGACCCCCUAUCAGGUCCCUUUCAGCGCCGUCGCCCUGCGGAUCAUCCACUCUGACGUCGCACCCACCCACGUGCUCUACGCCGUCAAUGCCAGCUGGGUUGCUCUUUGCAAGAUCCUGGAUGACGUCAGGGGGUACGCAGACGGGCCCAUCCUGCUUGCCCAGACUCCAGUCUGCGAUUGCUUGGGGUUUGGGAUUUGUAGGGGGGUCGAUGUGGGGAAGAGGCUGUACCACAUCCUCACUCCCCUGCCCCCGGAGGAGCUCCGGAACGUGAACUGUCUGCUGGUCGGAGCCAUCUCCAUCCCGCAGUGCAUCUUCAAGAGCCAGCGUGGCCUCGAGGGAGCAAUACCCUACAUCACGACAGAUUACAACCUCAGACUUCCUGGCGCCUCCGGAGAAAUCGGAGCAAGAGAAACCGAGGAAACCGGUAAAGAGAAACAACACUCAAAAACUAGACCCCGUCGGAAGUCGGACUGAUGUUUCGAAUCGGGGAGGAAAGCUUGACUCUGUCUCCAGCCCGACACCUGCAGACUGCCGGGCUUGUGCCGUUGCGACAGGCGCCGUCACGUCACGGUGUUUCCUGCGUAACUCCUGGAAGUUUAUAGUCGUCGAAGUCCCUUCUUAAAGCGACGUGACCCAGUUUUGCCCUGGUCUGCUGUAUGGCUCACCCUGCGUGAUGUUUUACUCUCUGGAGGGAUGGGCGGUGAGGAAAAGGUUGGACGCCGCUGAAACAAAGAAUACAGUCGAUUCCUCAGAAAGUUCUUCCAGGACCUGGUUGUUGGAAUCUGGACAAAAGUAGACAGACGGGGCCCACAGGAACGCACCAGGAGGAAGGCAGGCUGGGCAGCAGGAUCCAGGCACGCCGGGCUGCGGAGACGCUCCCCGGUCCUCACCCCGUGAUGGCUGGCGGGCGCAGGAGCCCACUGGAAGGUCUGCCUGCGGUGGGUCUCGGCCCCCGUGGUUGUUCCUGUCCCCUGACCCUGUGAUGCCGUCCGGCUUCUCUCCCAUCCCUGUGGGUCAGGCAUAGAAGAUGGUGUCUCAUCUCUAAUCAGGGGCUGAUGGGAAAGCUCGGACCCCAGAGCCCUUCACUGUCUUUGUGGGUCCGAUGGUUUUUAUGCUGCAGAAAUUGCCCUCAAAGCCAGGAAACCUGUCCCCAGGCCUCUGAAACUAGAUUUGUGCUGACUUCUCACCUGAAACUAAAGAUGCAGCCCGGGCAGGACUGGCCACCAGGAGUCUUGGAAGAGGCCUGGCAGGGCUGCUCUGGGAGAAGGGCUGGCCCUGCAUUUGGCUGGACCUGAACUUGCACACGCGCAUAGCUCUGCACCAAUGAGUGUUUUGUCCUGAAGCUCACGGCUCCUCGCCCUCCGGGGUUGGAGUGGGGGUGCUGAGCAAGGAGGAGCACGGCGGGCGGUGAGAUGCCCCUGAGGCAUCUCAGGGUGUUCUGAAUUUCAGCUCUCAGCAGAUCACGCCGAAGGAGGUUAUCAGCAUGUGCAGGUUUUAACAUCUGGGUCCGUGGGAAUCAUUGAUCACCAUUGCCUCUACGGCCCGACGUCCGCCUGGGAGCCCUGGUCACUCCAGGCUGACGGUAUUCUACAGACCAUUCAGUCUGACUUCAAAGUUGCCUCUUUUUUAUAUUUAAGUUUACCUUGUACAUGUUUUCUGUCUUGGCCUUGCAGAGAACUUCGAAACAAUCUCCUGCCAUCCACUCUUUGCUCCUUCCCCAGUUCCUUGCGUCUUCAUCAUAAUAGUCACUGUAGGCUAUUGGCAGCGAAUCCCAGAAUGAAAGUGCUGCUCUGUCAAUUGCCUUUCCUUUAAGUCCAGGCUUGCCUUUAGCCUCACCUCCUGCUGGGGGUUAAGGAUGACCUCUUGCUUCCAGGGCCAUCUGGAAAGAAGACAGACAUCGCCACUAGAGGGAGCCGUCAGCCGCAGUCAGAGGGCCAGACCCUCCAGAGCGGGGCCCCAAGCCUGUGUAGGCCUUUCUCAGGGGAUUCAGAGGUCCUGGAGUUGGGGCUCUGGCCAGCUCCAGGAGUGCUGGUGAGACCAGCAGCAGGUGCCAUAGACCUGGGAUGUCGAGUUGGUGAUCCUCGUUGACGGGUUCAGCUUGUUCUCUCUGCAGUCUGUGUGGUUCAGGUCGGGUAGGCGUGAGUCUGCAUUGGAGUUACUUUCAGUCUCGUGUGUGAUUUCCAAAGCAGUACAUGCCUAUCGUAAAGAAAUUAAAAACCGUGUGACUUAGAAUGUGAAAAUCCUGGGUCGUUGACUCUUUAAAGUCAUGUCUGUUAAAGAGGUCCUUUUACAGAAAAGGGAGAUAGGAAAAUGAAUGAUGAGACUCAAGUUCUAGGGCUCAUUUUAUAAACAAAGUUCAUUUGUUCCCACUUGUCCCCAUUAGGUCUGGCGGAGGGCGCCCACGUCCCCGCUGAGACCCCAGCCUGGAAACUGAAGAUUGGAGACGGGGGAGGGGCAGUGCCCUGGCCUCCAGCUGCUGUGGAUGGUGGUUUGUGGGAAAUCAGGAUCUGGGUGGCUUGUGGGAGGGGACAGUGGGGGUGACCAGGCUGCAGGCUGAGUCCUUUGGUGGGUGACUGCCUACCCUGCCUAAUACUCGGCUGUCUGCCUGGCAGACAGUGUGGGGACCAAGCGACGUGGCUACAGGGUUCCUUUGUACCAGAUGGCGAAUUUUUUUUUUAAUUGUUUCAUUGGUAGGCUUCUUUUUUAAAAGAUUCCCACUCGGCAGUGGAGUGAAUGAGACAGUAGGCUCUGGGGUUUGAGCUCUGAGGUCAGAUCCCGUCUGGACCUCGGAAGGCAGGUGGCUGUGAGGGACCUGGGCCCUUUCCCCACCCCUGCCUGCGCAGUGCCUGAGGCCGAGCCAUACUCCAGGGCGUGGCUCAGUGGGUGGCCUGUCCUGGUCCCAAGGCAGACUCCCAGAAGGCAGGGACCCAGACAGAAAUGUUCACCGUCGCAUGGGGACAGAGCAGAAACUCAAUGUUGGGAUCAGAAACCAUCUUACCUGCCCCACCUCUGGGCAAGCGCACCUUAAAACUGGCCUUCCAGCUCCAGAGCCACAGAGAAGUGAGUUCUUCGGCUCCCGCUGGUGGCCUGUCCCCGGGAGAUCACCCUCAUCCUCCAGGCAGUGCUUUCGAACUGGUGUUACCCGUCCACACGUGUAGGAAAUGACCCUGAAGCCCGCUGCCGCCUGGUGACCGCUUAAUGGCCUGAUUUCUCGUCUGGUAUUUUUGUAAAUUGUGUUUUUUACAUCAGUGUUCUGCUGUAUAUGUGGUUUUCUGCUGGCUUUUUCCAUUCAACAUUAUUUUGUAUCAUUAAAUAUUUUUGAGAACA